AUCGCUUGUAUUAAAAAAAAUAAUAUGAUAAAAUAACCGUUAGUCACUUAUCAAUUGCGGAACAACUCGUACUAGUUUUUUUUAGAGUAAUGACAUAAUAAACAUCAAGUAGGUUCAUAAAACAUAUAUAGUCAUAAACUAUACGAAGUAUACAAAUUUGAAUAUACCACUAUAUGAUUAAUGGUAUUUAAAUGGCGUUUCAUGAUAAUUAAUGUGUGAAAAAAGAAGUUACCUUGAAAGGUAGGAGUAGGAAUUUAAUAUCCAUAUAGAAUGAAUAAAAAUGAAUUUACACUUUGACGUUAAACCGGAAUUUAAAAUAUGCAUCAGUUUUUCAAAUCAACACAUCGUUUCAUGUACCAAACGGGUUAAGAUUCACAGUUACAAAAGAAUUAAACCAGGAUAUAAAAAGUUUUUGAAAUAUGAAUAUAAACUUUCUCUUGGCUAAAAAAAAUGUAGAUAUACAAUUUGAAAAUAUAACUUACAAAGUUUUAGAUUGGAAGAAUAUUUUAAAAUUUAAAAAAAAAACUAUUUUACAUGGAGUAAGUGGAACUUUUGGUCAUAGUCAACUUUGCGCAAUAAUAGGCUGUUCAGGCUCUGGAAAAUCAUCUUUAUUAAAUAUUUUAUCUGGAUACAAACCAAAUGGUUUUAAUGGGACAAUAUUAAUUAAUAAGGAAUUUCGUGAUUUAAAUUUAUUUAAAAAACAAUCAUGUUACAUUAUGCAAGAAGAGCAACUUUACAGUCAACUGACUGUAAAGGAAGCUAUGCUAUUUGCAGCACAAUUAAAAUUUUCAACUCGAACAUUGGACUCAAACAAGCUUAAAUUAAUAAAUGACAUAAUAAACCAGUUAAACUUUUAUGAUAAAUAUAAUACCCGAACAAUUAACUUAUCAGGAGGUGAAAAGAGGAAGUUAACAAUUGCUUUAGAGUUGUUACAUAAUCCUAGUGUUAUGUUUUUUGAUGAACCUACAACUGGAUUAGAUAGUGUGUCUGCAAAUCAAGUAUUACUAAUAUUAAAAAAAUUAUCUAAUUCUGGUCGUACAAUCAUUUGUACUAUUCAUCAAGCUUCUAGCUUACAAUUGAAAAUGUUUGAUAUUUUGUAUGUAUUAUCACCAUCAGGUUAUUGUAUUUAUCAUGGCUAUACUUCAAAUUUAUACAAUUUCCUUACUAAUCAAAAUUUAUAUUGUCCAUUAUAUCACAACAUUGCUGACUUUAUCAUUGAAGUAAGCUUUGGUGAAUAUGGAGACCAUGCAUAUGAUUUAAUGAAAAAUGUUGAUAAUGGAAAGUCGCCUAAAUGGAUGAAUUCGAGUUGUGAAGAAAAUGCCUUAUCUAAUAAAAUCAUACCCGAUGAAAGAAAUGAAAUUAAGAAACGUAAUAGAAGUAUAUUUAUUGAAAUUAUAAUUCUUUUGAAAAGAUUUGCCCUUAUAACAUCCAGAGAAAAAUUUUCAGUUACAAGAGUUAUGGUUCAUUUGUUAGUCAGUAUUGUGUAUGGUUGGAUAUACUAUGGUAUUGGUAAUAAUGCAUUACUGAUCCAUGAUAAUUUGAUGUUAUUAUUUUUUAGUUUAAUGUUUAUUAUGUUUACUGCAAGUUCAACAAUGAUUAUACAUUUUCCUUCUGAACUACAUAUACUUUCUAAAGAGUAUUUUAAUCAGUGGUACGCAUUGCCUACAUAUUAUCUCAGCUAUACUAUAUGUGACUUACCUAUUCAGACAUUAUGUACAUUUUUAUAUUGUUUAUUUGUUUAUCAUUUUACUGGUCAACCACCUGAAUGGUUAAGAUUUACUUACUUUAAUCUCAUGAUGCUGAUGGUUGGACUAUUAUCACAAGCCUUUGGCAUGUUUAUGGGGACAAUUUUUACUGAUUUAAGAUUUAGUACAAUUUUUACAAGCUUUUUUCUUAUGCCUUGGAUGAUGUUUGGUGGCGUAUUUAUCAAAAUUUCUGAUACACCACUAAUGUUCAGGUGGAUAUUUGAUAUUUCAUUUAUGAAACAUGGUAUGGAAGCAAUCUUACAUUGUGUUUAUGGAUUAAAUAGACCUAGAUUGCCUUGUCCUGAGAUUUUUUGCUAUCACACUUCACCUAAAAAGGUUUUAGAAGAAUUGGACAUGCCUAUUAACAAAUAUUGGUAUAAUUUGGCUACGGUAACUUCAAUUUAUUUGAUAAUUAAAGUUUUAGUUUACCAGACUCUGAAAAGAAAACUAUUUUUGCAUUAAAUAAUUGUAUAUAUGAAUUAAUAAACCAUCAUUAUUUGACUUUCAUUUCUUAUUAACUGAUCUCAUUCAAGUAUAUUCAUGUUUUAUUUAUCUUUUUACAUUUAGAUUAGUUACCUUUUAAUAUUAGAUUUUAUUAAUUUACGAAACCAAAAAUUAAAAGUGAUGUAAGGUAAUUGUGUUUUUUAUUUU